CCUCUUCUUCUGCAGUCUGGCUGCCGCUCUAACCCAGGCGCAGCCGAUAAUUAAUACCCAUGCCGAAAAGCCGGCAUAUUUUAUCGUGACCACUAAGGCGGCAGCUAAGGCAGCGGGAGCGAAAUAUCUAGAUCUUAAUUAUACUAGCACUAACUACCUAAACAAAAUCAGAGAGAUAAAUACUAUAAAGUAUAAUAAAAAGUCAGGGGAUAAGAUACACUUAAAUACUACUAGAAGUAUAGUAUUUAGUCACAUUAUAACUAAUUUAAUAGGUGAGGUAAGGUCAAAUCUAAGAACCUAUCUCAAGGCAAACAAAAAGUUAAGCGAUAAGAUUGCCAAGGGAGAGUUUGCCACUAGCAAUGAAUG